CUCAAUCUCACCCGUUCCAUCGCCGCCGCUACACAAAGAGCCGUGGACUUCAAACGGUUCACCAUGGCUCUCGCGGAGAUGGAUGCAGCAAAAGUUGGUGCCCUUGUUCAAACGGCUCUACGCCAUGGCGCUAGCAUCCCUGCCAUCGUAACGCAGAUCGAGCAGGCCAUAAAGGGCACCUAUAAUCCUCGCUUUGUGUCCAAACGCACACUCGACAUCUCUACAUUGAUAUAUCGCAUCGGCGGUCGCUCUCUGCUGUACCAGAUGAACCAUGCACUAGGUCUCCCCUCUCUUCGAACUCUCCAGCAUCACCUUUCGUUCAUUUGUAUCAUGCCUACGGUCGGGAACAUCACGCGCCACACAAUCGACCAUAAUCUUCUGGAGGUUCUUGUGAAGCCAUUGACGAGCAUCGCCGGAGUCCUCCAUCAUCACGGUGCCUCACUUCUCAUCGAUGAAGUUGCCAUCGAGGAGGCAGCUUGCCACUUCCGCCAAUUCAAUAAGGUCGGCGGCCUUUGUUGGAAGCAUUCUGGCAUGGUCGACCUCGUUCUGCAUACCUAUCACUCAGCGGUCAAUAUUGCGAAACAAUUGGCCAAAGGCGAGCUCCAUCUCGGAAAGGAGAUGACCGUCGCCUCGAUCUCUUUCUUCGGUUCUGGAGACUCACGAACAUAUCCCAUACUUGCUGCGCCUACAUGCAAGCAGGAAGAUGCGUCGGAUAUGGCCUAUAUCUUCGAGACGCUCAUCGCCGGUUAUAACAAAGUCGCCGCUGCUCUGCUUGGGCCACUCUGGUCCGUUGCGACCGAUGGUGAUUCGACUCGGCGUAAAGCCGGGUACCAUCUCUUUGUCAAGAAGCCCCUUUCUCCGUCCUCUCCGACAUACACCACACUAGUGAAGGUUCUGGGCCUCAACCUUCUCACCGGCGAGGGAGAUGUAACACUCGACUUCGAUUGGAAGCACGUCUACAAAUGUAGGCUUCGUAUCUGUACCUUGCUGCGUUCCGUGUCUGGCAUUGUACUAGGGCCUGGACGCAUCAUCAAUCCAUCGUUUCUCUCGCGGUACUUAGUGCUCCUCGAUGGUCAGGAUGCCGACUCGGUACAGAAGCUUCUCUACCCUUCCGAUCCACAGGACGUACCUCGUUCCAUAGAGCUCAUGCGUGCCAUCGUCGACCUUCGCUCACUUCACCUGGAUUCUGCAAACCCGAAUAUCAUCGCGGACCUUGAUGCUAUACGACUACUUUCGGAUCUCUGCGAGUCAAUCCUGGAGGCGUAUAUCAACCCGCGGCUUUCACUUACAGAGCAGGUCAGAUACCUGAGCAAGUUCGCUCAUCUUUCCUUCGCCUUUUUCCGACUCUAUCGCAACCACUACAUGUCGAAUCAGUUGUAUGGCGAUUCACAGUGCAUGGUGAAGAAUGCCAUCUUCUGCAUCGCAAAGCAGCAAGCACUCGACCCAUCACAGCUAUUCCAUCUCUUCGAGCUGGGUGACGAUCGCUUGGAGAAGUUGUUUGGCCGCGUUCGAAUGCUCGGCGCUCAUGACUCGGGUAUGCGUUAUAAUCAGGGUGUCGACCGUCUUGGGCAUGCUGUCGAUAUCGAUGGAGCUCUGGCUCGUAAUCCUGACCUCGACAGCGGACAGCGCCGUCUCAAAGUCACUCGCACAGAGGCGCUCGACCACAUGAAUGUCGCAUCAUGGGAGGGAGAUGCUUCCGUGAGGAACAUUUCACUUCCUGAUGCUUGGGCCGCUGGUUGUCGUGCAGCAGAGGAGACCAUCCGCCAGUCUUCGAUGCCACAAGACUCCGCUAACCUCGAGGAGAUCUUGAGUGGUGGCUUAAUCGACCUACUCUGCCCAUUCGGGACAGGACAGUUUCCUGGGGUAGACGAUGACGAGCCCGAUAGAUCAAUCCCUUCGGAUACGAUACAGCAGCCCUCCGACAGC